AUUUUCACUGUUUACCAAUUUGUUGCACUGCACAAAGUCAGGCUCGAGUCGAGCACGUUUUUAUUAUCGCACAUUUCUACUACGGAAUAUUAAUAGGUCCAUCGACCAGCAACAAUAAAACAAUAACAAAAAAAGGAAAUGAAAACUAUGCUUCAGCGUUCAUUGGCCAACUGACAUCCAAAAAAAAAAAAAAAAAAAAAACUCAGAAGCUCCACUGUGCAUAAUCAAGUGAAUCGUCAAAUAAAUUGAAAAAUUACGAAUUAAACAUUCUAUGCAGAACAAUCAUAGCUGAGAAACUGUGUCAAUCUGUGCCCUAAAUAUACAUAUAUCUAUUGCAAAUAUGUAUCAAAUGAAGUUUUGCACAAUUUUGCGUAUUUCGCUAUUGUCAAGCGUUUUAUUGUUAUCCAUGUUUGUGGCAGAGACAAAGGCGUAUGGAUUUGGACGUUGCCCGAAGUAUCCAUCCAUGCCAAAGUUCAAUAUGAGUCGAGUACUGGGUCACUGGUACGAGGUGGAGCGUUCGUUCUACUUGCCAGAAAUUGCCUCCGGCUGCACCACAUUUGAAUUCCAGCCUUAUAGUAAAGCGGAGCUGUCCAAGUUUAAUAAUUUCAAAGUGGAGGUGGCCAUUAAAACUGUCAAUCGCAUCACUGGCAAUCCAAAUGUUAAUCUGGGCUACGCCACGCCAGAGAACAGCAAAUCUUCAAUAAUGGACUUUAAGUUCAACACACGUUUUCCGGAGGUGAUAGCCCGUCUGCUGCCUGGGUCCGGGAAAUACCAGGUGCUCUACACGGACUACAAUAACUAUGCUAUCCUGUGGUCAUGCGGAAGCAUUGGAUCGCUUGGCUAUGCGGAUCAGAUCUGGAUACUGGGACGUGAAACAGAUUUUGUGGUGGAGAUACGGGAGAAGAUCUAUGAUGUGCUCAAGCGACUGUCCCUGGAUCCGGAUAGGCUGGUUCUCAGCAAGAACACCAACUGCCCCAAAAUCAACUGAAACUAAGCCUACAUAUAUACAAACUGAUUUUUAAGUAUAAUAUUGAAUCUAUUUAGGUCUCUGUGAUAUCGCAAAGUCGAGCUACGUUUCUUUGUUUUGCGAAACAAAUAUAUAUAAAUAUAUAUACUAUGAAUG